CGACGGUAUAAAAUCGGCGUCUAUUUGUGUGAGAAGACGAUCUCGAUUGAGGUCAUGCACUCUGCUCGGCACAAUACACGGCUUCUACGUCAUGCUUGCACACAGAUUGUAGUGUACUCGCUGGUGAAUGGUACUGCUACAGUGAGUAAGUUGGGUAUGUGCGACCCAAAAGGCGACUACAAAAUAAAAUUCGAGGCCAAAUUGAAAAAUGAUGGCGACAAACAAAUAGUGGAAGAAGCAUCUCUUACAACUGAUAUCGAUAUUGGUGACAAUGUUAAGAAUAAUGUUGAAGUUGCCAAGUUCGAUUCCGCCGCAAAUGACUAUAAGUUCUUGACGAAAAUCGAGGUAACCUAUUGUGAAUUCAUGGAGAAAUUCAUGGGGGAAUUUUCGGAUGCCAUGAUGGAGGCUGGAGGUCUAAAAAAAGGGACUUGUCCCAUUCCAAAGGGCGCAUAUAAACUGACCAACCAUCAUCUGGACUUCAGCCUUGUCAAGGGUAAAGAUGAAGUACCUGACGGUAAAUUUAGAGUGAAAAACAACCUGGUGGAUGCAAAAACAAACGCCCCCUUAGGAUGCAUGGAGAUCGACUUCACCCUUGAGAAAUAAUAUAUUAUACCGCUUGUUUAACAAUCAGUUUUUCAUUUUAUCACUUCCCUGAGUCACCCUCUACUUACGGUAUAUUUUCGGGUUUAGCAAGG